AUGGCGGCGUCGCUACCGGAGAGCGAGGAGCGGGAUGAGAGCCAAGAUGGUGAACCUGCGCGGAGCCCGGCGCUGCAGUUCUUCACCUGGGAGGAGAUCGAGCAGCGCAAUGGGCGGGGGUCGGCGCCCCAGGAGCGGUGGCUGGUGAUCGAGAGGAAGGUGUACGAUAUCAGCCAGUUCUACCGGAGGCACCCGGGAGGGGCCCGGCUCAUCGGCAGCCACGCCGGCCAGGACGCCACGGAUGCCUUUGUAGCAUUCCAUGUCAACAAGGUGCUGGUGAGCAAGUACUUGAAGCCACUGCUGAUUGGAGAGCUGGCACCAGAUCAACCCAGUGUUGAGCCCACUAAAAACAAAAUGCUGGUGAAAGACUUCCGAGAGCUGCGAGCUACAGUUGAGAAAAUGGGACUUCUGGAGCCAAACCAACUCUUCUUCUUCCUGCACCUGGCUCACAUCCUCCUGUUGGAUACUGCUGCUUGGCUCAUUCUCUUCUACUAUGGGACAUCCUUAAUGCCCUUUAUUGCCUCUCUGCUGGUGCUGACUGUUUCCCAGGUCCAGGCUUCCUGGUUACAACAUGAUUUAGGACAUCUUUCUGUAUUCAAGAAGACCAAGUGGAACCACUUGCUGCAUAAGUUUGUGAUGUGCCAUUUGAUUGGGGCAUCAGCCAAAUGGUGGACUCUUCUACACUCCCAGCACCAUGCCAAACCCAACUGCUUCCAGAAAGAUCCUGAUAUCGACAUGCACCCUUUCCUGUUUACUUUGGGGAAGAAAUUGUCUGUGGAGCUGGGGAUCAAAAAGAAGAAGUACAUGCCAUACAACCACCAGCACAAAUACUUCUUCAUCACUCUUCCUCCGCUCCUGUUUCCCACCUACUUCCACUACCACACCUUUUACAUUGCAUACACGAAAAGGUACUGGGUGGACCUGGCCUGGAUGCUGACCUUCUAUAUCAGAUUCUGUUUUACUUAUGGAUCACUACUAGAAAUAAAGAGUCUCCUGGCAUAUUAUUUUAUAUUCAGGAUGCUGGAGAGCAGCUGGUUUGUUUGGGUGUCACAGAUGAACCAUAUCCCUAUGGAUAUUUACUAUGACAAAAAUCUAGACUGGGUGUCUACUCAGCUCAAGGCAACCUGCAAUGUUGAGCAGUCUUUCUUCAAUGACUGGUUUACUGGGCAUCUGAACUUCCAGAUUGAACAUCACCUAUUCCCCACAAUGCCAAGACACAACUACUGGAAGGUGGCUCCUCUGGUGAAGUCCUUGUGUGCCAAACAUGGCAUCGAGUACCAAUGCAAGCCGCUGCUCACAGCCUUUGCAGACAUUGUGCACUCUCUGAAGAGUUCAGGAGAGCUCUGGCUUGAUGCCUACCUACACAAAUAA